CGAGAAGAGCACACGACUCAACACCCCGCUCCCAGCAAAGUCACUCAAUUUUCCGAAUUUUCCAAAUAUUUCCGGUACAUUUCAUAUUUUUAUUUUUAUACAAUUUUGAAACAUAGUCACCCCACCCCCGGAAGAUAAGGAAUUUUGAGUGGUUUCCAAUUUGCUACGACAAUAAAAUGUUGAAUAUUCUUCGCUCUCUGGGAAAAGGGAUUGUUUCUCUAGGAAAUGCCAUUCCACGAACGGGAGCCGUGGCAGGAUCACGGUUAAGUAGUUAUCAAAGGUUCUUCUCCACUGGAGGGGUUAACUACGUCGCCGCUGUGACGAAACCGGCCCCCCAAUUUAUCGGAACUGCCGUAGUAAAUGGAGAUUUUAAAGAAUUAAAGUUGAACGAUUAUCAUGGAAAGUAUCUCGUCUUGUUCUUCUAUCCGUUGGAUUUUACUUUUGUCUGCCCCACCGAAAUCAUUGCGUUCAGUGAUCGAAUCUCGGAAUUCAAAGCGUUAAACACUGAAGUCAUCGGAGUUUCGAUUGACUCACACUUUUCACACUUGGCUUGGAUUAAUACCGAUCGGAAGAAAGGAGGCCUUGGAAAACUGCAAUAUCCGCUGUUAUCUGACGUUACGAAAAACAUUUCGCGAAACUACGGCGUCUUACUGGAAGAUGCGGGUGUUGCUCUUCGUGGACUUUUUAUAAUUGAUCCCAAAGGAAUCGUACGGCAAAUUACGAUCAAUGACUUGCCAGUUGGAAGAUCCGUGGAUGAAUGUCUCCGACUCUUAAAAGCCUUCCAGUUUGUGGAAAAGCAUGGAGAAGUCUGCCCAAUGGAUUGGACUGAGGGGAAAGCCACCAUUAAAGCGGAUCCCGUAAAGAGCAAGGAAUAUUUUGAGAAAGCCAAUUAAUUACGUGAAUCUCAAGCAGAGUACAAAAUCCUGAAAUGAUAUUAACCAAAUCUCUAAUAACUCAUGGAAGGUCACGGUCUCACAAUGUAGAUCUGCCAUUUAUUAGUCAUAAACUAUUUUAAACUCAGCUCCUAGUUUUACCACGACAAACAAAUGUCACGUCAUAAUGUCAUUACCAUAAAAAAGUUCCUACGUGUUACAUUCCUCUCUAUUUCAAGAAAGUAGUAGUCAUUAAAAAUCCUGUGAUUUUAACUACAAAAUAAAAAUAUGAUUUCAAAUAAUAACAAUAAA